AUGCAGAAUUGGGAAGGGCUAGAGUCGUUCACAAUCACAGACAGCGAAAUUGCUUGCAGCAUUAUUGAGGCCAUAGGCAGAUAUUGCCGGAGAAGCUUUCGUGAAUUAAAGAUAACCUGCCAUUUCUCGUUGAAGAUUGCGCUCAAACUGAUAAAGUAUGUGCCCAAACUUAAGAGACUGAGUCUUCAGUCCACAAGAGUGAACAAAGAUGCUCUGGUUUUCGCGGUGGCUCAGUUGGGAGAACUGGAAGAUCUGAAUGUGUCGCACAGUUUCAUUGUUGGAGGCGAUCGGCCAGAAAACAUCACAGUAUUCUCUCAACAUCAAGUGCCAGACAUUCUGGUGGGUGAGGUGCUGAGAAUGCCGAGGAUAAUAAGCUGUGGACUCUUCUGUAAUAUGUGCGAGGAUGUGUUGUUUUGGAAUAUGGCAAAUGAAUGGGAGAACCCCGAGGAGCAAAUUUGGCGCGAAGAUGAGAUAUUAACUCUUCGAGUUUAA